AGGUUUGUUUCGUCAAACUUACGUCCUCCACCCCCCGGAUCUGUAAUCAUAUUGAGAAAUAAAACUACAACAACCCCAUAGUUUACUUACUUACGACUUUCACCUUUCCUAUUCCUACUCAGUUAAAAGCUUUUGUCUUUCGUGGUGACGUAGUUCUUCGUAACGAAAACGCUAUUGCUUCAAAGACUUUCUGCACUCUGGUGUCUUACUCUUAUCCACCUCGUCGCCCUGGUUCUUGUACUAAAUUAAUAAAGUUGAUUAGCCACGAGCACGACCGUAAACUGGUUGCGUUGGCCCUCUGCCUCUUCUGAUUGGAGGAGAGAGUAGCGGAAAACACUCAGGUACUAGCGGGCACAUCACGACUGCCACCAGCAACGUGAUCAUCUUCAUCCUACCCACGUCCUCGCACUAGAGACGAUUCGGAAAGAACACAACACAGCGGGGUCAACAAGGCGUCAGUUGUGUACAACAGAAACAAGCACUCGAUUACGAUUUCCACCAGCCGCUGCCCAUCGACUUGCAGGAGCGAACUCAACGAAGACGAAGGAAACUACAGUCCUGUUUAGGCUGGCACCCGAAUAAAGAGCGAGCCGACCCUAUCCAUCGUAGAACCAGCUCCCGCUAAGGGUCGUUCAAGCUCAAGGUCAAAGUCAACCGCAAAAACCUUGCGGCAGUAAAUCACGACCUACCUGAGAACGCCGACGGUAGAACAAAGCUCUUCUUGAUGUCCACCUCUAGCACGACCUCUACAACUUCUACUUCUUUCGUCCCGCUGGUUGCCCAUCAGCGCAAGAUGUUGAGCAUCAUGGUCAACCACAAGACCACGACGACGAGCAGGAUCAUCUGGGCGGCCGCCAGUGUCGUGAGUUUGUUUGCGGAGGUUCAACAGCACUUGUUAUUCAACAACAUCCAGCUUGCUGCGGGGUUCCAGGUAAAGGAGCAAGAGGAAGCUGCGCAAGAACAGUUUUAUUUUCGAGAAGAAAAUAAGGUAUGAACUGCAAAAGUAUCGUACUAGUAUAAACCAGCCAUGCUCCGGCUACCGCCGGAGCGCGCGGCUGUUUGGCCGGGUUUGAACUGCUUGCGGACCGGACCACAACGACAUGCAUACUUAGGCCCCCUCAGCACCGUCUGCGCGCUUCCCGCGCCUAAGGGCGCUCUGCGCAGGGAGGAGCUACCACUAGCAUUGGGGCAGAACAGGAGGCACCUAGAUGCCACACCAGUCCGCUACGCAUGCCUUUCGUUAAUCAAGACGAACCAAGAACCGGCCCCACCCCAUUCCCCGGCGCCGCUUUUUCAAUGACUUCAGUGUGGGAGGGGGGCGCGAGAGGGUGGCGCGAGAGGGUGGCGCGAGAGGGUGGCGGGGGCUGGCGCCGAACAAAACAAGUCCGCGAAGGGCCUGCAAUGCUAAAUAUGGGGAAUACCAUGCGGAUUCGCGCCCGCCACUUUGUGUCUUUACCCUCUCGCAGACCCCUCGCAGACCCUCUUUUUUACCUCUUUUGGGGGUCCCCGCUAAUAAUCCGGCUAUACUCGCGGGUAGAGGUCGACAGAGGUGGCCCAGAGGUGGCCGAGAGGGUGCGCGAGAGGUUGGCCCUUAUUCGCGCCACCUCUCUCGCCCUCUGUCGACCUCUCGCGCCCCCUCUUUUUGACCUCUCUGCACCCUCUGAGGCACUUAGGCGCCGCCUUAAGGUGGGUCCUUCGGCGGGCUAUACUCGCGCACCCUCUCGCCGACCCUCUCGAAAGGGGUCCCGCGCCACCUCUCCACCUCUGUCGACCUCUUUUUUACCUCUUUUGACCUCUUUUUGACCUCUCGGCCACCUCUUGUUUACCCUCUGUCUACCUCUUUUUUCGCAUGAAUAUAAUAUAUAGUAAUUGAAUGACAAAUUACCUCAGCAUGACAAAUGCAAUUUGUCAUGCUGAUUUGCCUUGGGAAUGAGAUUUGUAACGCAUGACUGCAAUUACUACGAGUACGAUACUUUUGCACAGGAUAUAAGGAAGAACCCAGCAAUACUUCUACAGCUGCUAGUACUUCUUCAAGUACAUCAGCGACGUCGUCGACCAAAAGCGAAGAUGUCAGCACCAGUGUCGCAGCCAGUGAGGCUUCAUCUGCAGGAAGUGGGCAACUACAAGGUCCUGCUCCUCUUGCAGCGAUAAAAAGGGGCAACGAAGAUGUUGAACAAGUUCGUGGAGUGGAACAAGCGGCUGCCGCAGCAGCUCACGUGGAGGAGGGGGCAUCACCAGCGGAAGAUCAUGAUAUAAUUGCUUCUUCUUCUGCAAGACCAGCACCAGCAUCAGAGCGAGCAGGAGAACAAGGACCAGACCCACCACCCCCGGGCGCGGCCACACCUUCAACCUUUGAAACGUCAGCCACCGGGAAAAUCACGACUACCACUGCGCCACCUUCGAGGGGCGGCGCCGGGGGAACUGCGCCAGCUGUUGUACCAGCGGAAGAUCCUCGUGGUGGAAAAACAAGCGAUCACGACACGAAGAAUGUCUUGCGACCCGAAGUAGGCAGCGCCGCGUCUCCUGGAGCAACAUCUGCAUCAGAGGGAGUUGCAUCUUCAUCAGGUCCGAUGUGGGACUUCGAUUACGACGAGGAAGAUUACGAACAGGACGAGUCCCACCUGGUUGGCAGUUCGCAACAAAUUUUAUCCCGGCAGCUCGGGGCGCUCAGUGGACGACGGCCGGUGGGCGGGCCGGGGGGAACAACUACAACUCGUGGGCGACGAGAGCGAGCAGCCCCCGGAAGUAGUACAACUACUUCUAAGUAUACGCACAAGCCGAAACAUCAUCAAGCCAACAAGAAGAGCGGUACUAAAACUUCUUCUAAAACCGGUAGGAGAAGAAGCGCAGCAGGAGGAGCUUCUGCGCCGUUGUCGAUGUCGACAAAAACUACAGCGACAGCCUCCACCCCGGAGGAUAAAAUUAUGUUGAACGCAAACAAUACAAAUACUACAAGAGAAAGCGGUACUGGAAUUACAACGAUGAUGUCGCAGCUGCAUGAAUCCCCCGGCCAGAUGAAUCAGAUCAACACCAUGAACAGCACGAACUCGAACACCAAAAAUGCCGCAAAUAAAGCCACUCGUCUCACUUCUCAAGAACAUGAACAGCCGGACCAUGAUGCUGUCAAUCCUCAAGCUGACGACCCGUCCUCUGACAGCAGGAGCUCCUCGUUGCCCACGACAAGCAGGAGCACGACCACGAUCUCAUCGAUGUUGCAGCAGGAGGAAACGAAGAAUGCACAUGGGCCGAGUGAUGCAGCUGGUGGAGUGACUUCACCGCGUCGCGACAAUGGACGACGAGAUGAGGAGGUGCCGCAGCUUCAAGAUGAAGAUGUUGCAGAAGUGGGUCCUCGCCGGCGAAACGACAUUCCCGAGGAGGGCUCGUGGAUUCCACCGCGGCCUGAAGUCGCGGCUCCUCCCUCGGGCUUUGCAGUGACUGAUGAUCAUGAUCCACCACCAGUGCAUAAUCACGGUAGAAGAUCACGUGGUCGGCGAACAGAUUCACCCUCUGUUCCUCGUUCGUCUCACUCCACCUACAACUUUCGACAUCGCGACGUCACGACGCGACCGCGUUCUGCUGCCUCGAGGAGAGCAGCUUCUGUCCAACGCCAGGCACCUGAUGUUGGCUCCUCCGCCUCUACAGCUGCGUCCACUUCCAGCGUGCUGCAGAAGCAGCAAAGGCGAGAGCAGGCGUCUUGGAUGAGCAGCGGUAGAGCUGCUAGGCCACCCGUCGGCGCCGCCGGUGCCCCGCCUCGUCCCGCAGGUGCUCCACAACCUAGAGGGCCAGCACGGCUGGGUGGACACACCAGCAGCAGCAGCGCCCUUGGUGGGAGCACGGGAACUACACUCCUCGGAGGAGGCGGAGGAACUCCAGCACGGGGUACUUAUGCCAUCCCUACCCAACAGUGGCCAGCACAGCCACGCGUCGUGAACGCCCUCAACGGCAACCCAGGACCCGGCGCAGCAGCUGGACGUCGAACCGAUGACGAUGGUAUUGUCCGAUACCAUUCCGAUCCUACUACAGGAGCCGGUGCCGCGUAUUCCUACGGUGGAAGGAGUUCCAAACCAGUGCAGCCGGUUUUUAACCCUCCAACUGCGAGGCCGGCGGUUUUACUUGGAGCUAGAACUCCUGCCGGACAAGCAGGUGGACCACCAGCGCGCGCGACGGCAGGAGUUGGUCCCCCCGGGCCCGCCCUGACGGGUCUUGGUCAAAUUUCUACGCAGCAGGGCGGGGCGUCGACAGGAAUAAAUCCAGUUCCCAACGGUGCUGUGCGGGUGCAGCUGGGUAAUCAAAAUCAACGUCUGCCGACUGGAGCUCCUGCACAGGCGAACCCCCUUGGGCCCGUCGUUGGGACGCGGUGGACGAACAACCCCAAUGGGGCUGGUGCUGGUGGUCGUGCAGGAGCUUCAACCACAGCAGGAGGAGGUGGAUCUUCAUCGGUCGUCAAUCCGGUGCCGUUCAAUGCACGCCCACCUGCGCGUCGUCCCCCCGCACGCGUCGCAUUCAGGCGGGACUCGCAGCUGGUGGAUGAUGAAGCGCCGACGCCGCCGGCGCGGCCCCCUACUGGGGGCGUUCUGGUCACCAACGGAGGGGCACCAGCCGACAUGCAGCUUGCCCGCUACGAGGCGCCGUCCUCUAUCAUUCGAGCCGGCCGUUUCGGGACAGACCAGCCCAGGGAGCCAAGUCGAAAACAGGUCGAACAGCUGCUGCAAGAAUUGGAAAGCGAAUACACAGAAUCAAAGCGGCCCGGCGCCGCCGCGAAGUCGGCCCAGGUGAAAAAUGCGGUAGCACAGGUGGCCACGCUACUCGAGGAACAGUACCAGCUGAAAACGAAUGCGGAUGAGAAGAUAUCCUGAGCAAAAACUACGUCCCCACCCCAUAGUCUACUAGAUUGGAAUAAAUCUGCUAGGCAAAUCAGCCAGCUUUGCUUGUUGCGCAUGACAGGUUUGGCCUCGUAGUGUAAUUCUGUUUAGUUUGUUCAGCAGCGUCACAGCUCUCGCCGAUUCUGCUGGUUCGUGGAGCGCCGCAAAUUUUUAAAGCACACGACUAGAAAACGCUUCUCAUGGCGGGGCUCCGCAUGGGAAGCACUUUGGGCAUGCAGAUUUGCGUGACAACUAUGGGGAGGUGGGGGCGUUUUUACAUAGGAUAAAGCGGAAAGCGACCAACACACGUGGUGGCGGCGGUCAGCGAUCUGCGCGGCCUCGUGACAGAACUCGGCGACCUCCACAACAACCUUGUUUUGGAGGUGCAAACUAUUGACAACAGGGCGAGCGGAUUUAACGCCGAUGAUAUCAAGAAGAAAAUCAAUCCCCCCUCCCCGCCAUAUCUAAACGGAAUUCUGUGAUGCAGAUUUGUGCUCACAAAGGCAAAUCGGGUUUGUCAUGCUGAAAGGGAAAAGAUGCGGCCUGUAGUGCUGGGUGGCGUGGGAAAGCCUUUCAUCUUCAGCAUGACAGGUGGAGGCAGCUUCAGGAAGUGGGAAACAACAUGACAAAUUGCCUGCACUAAACGAGGCCACAGCUCCUGCGGCUCUUGGCCUUGUAGCAAAAAUGCGAGUCGAUAAUUUGUGUACUACUCACCUACAGCGUCAGCACAAUUCCCGUCUUCGAUAUGGGGAAAGAACGGGGGGAUCUUUCCCUUUGAUAGAUGAAGAAGGUGACUUCUUGAAGGAUCGUGGGUUUUAUUGGGACCACGCCUGUUGGAUCGCCAACUUGAUUCUCACCGAAAAGCUCGCGACUGUGCGGCAGCAUACGGCAACGCUUUUGAAGGAAGCCAACGAGAAUCAACUUUGCGAGGGGUGCCUGCCGGACACCAAGCGAGGCGUGCAGAAGCUGAUUGACGGGAAAAGCGUCAAACUUCCUCUGAACCGCGUGGAAGCCUUCUGCAACAAACUUCUCUUGGAAAACACGAGGCUCAACCGACCCCUGCUGAAGUUCAAUCUGGAGCACGAAACGGAAAAAGAGCGGCGGGCCCGGGAAAACAAAUUUAGAUUCGCGGCGGAGAGCGCCGACCGGAAGGAGCGGAGAAUGUUGGAGGACGCGGCUCGGGAGCGUCUGCGCGGGACGAGUGGUGCAGACGGAGCCGUUUAUGAAUUGCAAAUAUGUCUAGGUCUGGAAGGAUGCAACUUGUGAUGCGCAUUUCACAACGCAUGAAAAUCUCUCAUGCAUAGGCAGCAAAAGUUGCGGUUGCCCACUUUCUGUUACCAAAAUGGGGCAUUUGUCAUGCGGAUUCGGCAUUGCAGAAGCUUCUCGAAACCUGUGAUGCUAGAGCUUCCAUGGCGGACCUUCUGUGUCAUGCAAAAGCAGCAUGACUCUUCCAGACCCAGACAUAUUUGCAAUGCAUACCGUUGUGGUGACCCUGAAGCCGUUGCCGCCAAAGAGAAGGACGACCGCCGCAGGCGACACCGGGGUGAUGCAGAAGUAUGACGAAUUGCGGGUAUCAAUUGCAAAUAUGUCUCGGUCUGGAAGAGUCCGAGGCUUGUCAUGCUCUGCUAGCAUGAUUCCAAAGUCUGUCAUGCACACUACCCAAAAGCCCCAUUUUUCUGUCAUCCAGAGCCGCGCUUUGUCAUGCGGAAGCAGAAUACACAAUAUCAAUACCGUAGGUACUCGGAAACUUCUUGUCAUGCCGAGCUGCAAGUUGAGGCGUCCUCAUGGUUGUCCUACCCGCAUCACAAGUUUCCAGACCCAGACAACAUAUUUGCAAUGCAUAGCGGGAGACCUGCUACAAUGUCGACGACACAGCGAUGUCGGGCCGGGCGGCGGAGUUCAUGGCAGCAGCCGAGGUGAGGGCCAAGAUACGGGCGCGAGAGCAGAUAUGGAAGUGUCAGAAUCGAAAUUGACAAAAUCGAAAAACUUGCGAUGCAUAACAUCGAUACCAGUUGGAGCCUCAGUUUGCAAGCGGCGCAUGACAAAUUUCGGGAGCACCCAAAUCCGGUCUGUCGUGCUGUUUGGGCAAAGAAGACUGCUCCUGUCGUGCUACUCUAGCGUCGCAUUGCAUACCCCUAAACAGGCUUACAGUCGGCCUCAUUUGCCUUCUCCCCAAUACAGGCCUCCAGUGCCCUACAUUUUAUGCAUCACAAUUUUUUCGACUUUGUUGAUUUCGAUCCUGACACAUCCAUAGCAGAGAGAGGGAACAAACCAAAACCGGGGCGGUUCGAACUUGGUUGAGUGCACGGACGUUUUCGACAACGUGUCCUGGACCAAAUUGGACCAGGCUGCCACUAGUGAGAAGUGCCACAAAUUAUCGCGGGAGAUCGAGGACCUCCUCGGGUGCAAGCCGGCCGUACGGGACCGGGGGGAGCCGCAGCAGUUGCCGGGGUUCCUCCGGUAUCAACUGCAAAAAUGUCUGGGUCUGGAAGGAUGUAACCUGUGAUGCGCAUUUCAGAACUACACACAAAAAUCACUCAUGCAUGGGUAGCAAAAGCUGCCCACUUUCUGUCACCACAGUGGGGGAUUUGUCAUGCGGGUUCGGCAUUGCGGAAGCGAAGCUUCUCGAAACCUGUGAUGCUAGAGCUUCCAUACCAGACCUCCGGCGUCAUGCAGAAACAGCAUGACUCUUCCAGACCCAGACACUUUUGCAUUUGAUAUCCGGCUGCCCGUGAAGGAGCUGAGUCUGACGGCGAUCGUUGCCACCCAGUUCACCCGCGUGAUGUAUUCGCUUGCUGAACCGCCCCAGGUUGGUGCCCAGGAUCUGCGCGACUGGCUUGCUGGAACGGAAUGGGUUGUGAACGCCGUGUAUGCAGUGCAAAAGCAUCGUACUAGUUGUACCAAUCGCAUGAGGACAAUGAAUUUAUUCUCAAAGAACAAGCAGGUAAGGAAGUCUUUUUUGUCAUGUGGAUUCAAUUACAAAACCAGAUCUUUCUCUUUGCCAUGCGAUUAGAACUACGUGAAGUUGCGCGAUGCUUUUCCUGCGGAUACCGUUCAGGCGUUCCAAGAGAAGAUGCAGGAAUUUUUCGAGGAAGUUGUGCCCGAGGUGAUGUCCGGGCUCUUGUCGGCGCAGAUUUCGGUGUGGAUUGAGACGCUGGACACCAACAACGACGGGCUGGUGUGUCCCAACGAAAUCAGCACGCUGCUGAUCAGCGACCAGGUGCAAAAGCAUGUGAUCGACCCCCUGAAAAGCCUGGUGGAGGCCAUUCCCGUGCCGGGCCUGCCCAAACUCAUCUCGGAAACGGUGCAGCGGGUUUGGCAACAGGCGUCGAGCCUGAUGAUGAUUUUUCUCGACUCGACCUUUGCCAAAGCGGUGCACAGAAUUGCGCAGGACUUCGCGGUAUCAACUGUAAAAAUGUCUGGGUCUGGAAGAAUUCAUGUUUGUCAUGCUUGUCUGGCAUGACUCUUAAUUUAACAGAUUUAAGACUUAAAUCUGUCAUGCACGUUACCCAAGAGCUCUGUUUUUCUGUGAUGCAGAAGCGCAGUUUGUCAUGCAGAAUACGCAACACCUAGGAGCUCAGAAACUUGUCAUGCUGAGCCAGCAUCUGUAGCCUCAUCAUGAGACUCCACCCAGCAUCACAAGUUUCCAGACCCAGACAUUUUUACACUUGAUGCGCGGCGAUUCUUAUGGGUGGGGCUGUUGGAGGUAGUUCUUCAUCAGCUCGUAUUGUGAGGAAAAAUCUCCCCUCCCCAUACCAAAAAGGGGCACUACUGAAAAUCUGUGAUGCUGAUUUGCGACCUCAAAUCGUCCCUGUAUUGCAAGAGGGCAAAGCCAGAGAAACAGCCGCGUUUCGCAGGUACUUUGUAAUGCUCUAUCGCCUACAGAGGACGCGCCUGCCUUGCUAGGCACCUACAGCAAGACGCCCCUACUCAGGCACUGCAUCUGCCUGCAGUCCUCUACUGCAACACAGUUUGGAUUUGUGUACACAAAUCCCGCAUCACAGAUUUCCCUUUUGAUAUGGGGAGGGGGGAUUUUUCACUUUGAUAGCUCGAGCUGCGCCGUGGUCCAGGAGCUCCUCAUUUAUGGAGAAUUUUGAAGAUGCAGGGAACAUUUUCAAUGCCACUUCAACAUCUCCUUCUACCUGGAGCGGCGCCGGCAGCGGUACAAGCGCAGCUCCCACCUCAUUUUUGGAACAUCUCCAAGCGAGCGCGGCAACCCCGGCCAAGGAUGGAACAUCAGCAACUUCGGACGAAGAGAACGCAACUCCUUCCACCACCAGUGAGGGGUCAUCCUCAUUGGUAAGUGACGGCAUCAGUGACGAAGAGAGUAACAGCAACAGCAAUCAUGCGGUCCCCGGAGGAGCAGGAGAGGACGACCAUGACGGGACGCAGCAAGAACAAUCUUUGUUGCAAGAAGGUCGUCGCACUGGUUCUUUGCUCUCGGCCGGUGGUCCGCCUGGGCCGCGGCAACCGAGCAUAGCGGGGGGUGGUGUACCCAGAUUCCCUUCCGGCUCUUCUUCUGACGACAGCGGAGAACUUUAUCAUCAAAUGCUGCAACGAAGUAAAGAGCACAGCUUUGACGAUUUGUCCAAAAAUUUGAAGAUGGAUCUAGAACGAGCGGAUCCGAAAAAAGUUUUCUGUGGUGGUGCCACCGGAGCAGGCCGUUUCGAUUGUGUAAUGCCGAAACAAGAAGCCGCAGAGUACCGGAACGAGGUGGCUGCGAAAACGCUCCGGACUUUGUUCUAUGCACUGCAAAAGUAUCGUACUCGUAUUGCUAUCACAUGGUGCAUUACAAAUCUUUUUGUUAAGUCAAAUCCGCAUUGCAAAUUUUAUUUCUCAUGCUGGGGAAAUUUGCAAUGCAUUUAUGCGAGUGCGAUACUUUUGCAGUUCAUACGUUCCCGGCCUAUGUGACCGGAGCGACGACAAACGAUUGGAUCUCUCGCGCCGGAAAGAUCAAGGACGGCUUGAUUAACAUUUGGUGCUUUCCCACCCCGUAUCAAACGUAAAAAUAUCUGGUUCUGGAAACUUGUGAUGCUGGGUGGCGUCUCAUGAUGACGCCACAAAUGCUGGCUCAGCAUGACAAGUUUCCGAGCUUCUAGCUGUUGCCUAUGAUUCUGCAUGUCAAACUGCGUUUCUGCAUCACAGAAACAUGGAGCUCUUGGGUGACCACGUGCAUGACAGAUUUACCAGUCAUGCCAGACAAGCAUGACAAACAUGCAUUCUUCCAGACCCAGACACUUUUCCACUUGAUACCCCGAAAUCCAUCGCCAAACAAGUGACCAGCAUCGCCAAGCAAGCGAGCGACGCCCUGGAGGGGAUUGUAGAACCAAUUGUCGGCGGGGGCGCGAGGGGGGCCGCUGCCCCCUCCGAAGCGGAGAAAAAGACGAAAAAGGAAAGAAAAGAACAUAUCGAAUGCAAAUGUGUCUGGCUCUGGAAGGAUGCGAGGGCUGUCAUGCUACUUCGGCAUGACUCUGAACUCUGUGCUGCGUCACCGCAAAGCGCUCCGCUUGCCUGUCAUGCAAAAACGCAGCUUCUCAUGCGGAGUACUCAACCCGGAACCACGGAAAAACUUGUCAUGCUUGGCAGCGCAUUACAGUGUGCUCACUAUUCCCUUCCUUGCGUCACAAGUUUCCAGACCCAGACAAAUUUGCAGUUGAUAGGACAGCAAAAAAGGCAAAACCUGGAGAAAGAGCUGCAACUCGCAGAGGUCGCGACGAGCGUCUGGCGCCGGUUUUCGCAACAUUUCCGGAGGCUUAUGACACUGCACAACUACUCCCCCUCAUUUGUAUUGCAUUAACAGCAAUACAAACCCAAACGCCAGCGACCCUGGAGCCUGUGCAUGACAAGAAAUUUAUGUGCCUACUGUAGUACUGCUUGGGCCUUCGAAAUUCGUCAUGCAAACCUUGCCACAGGCGGGAAGUGACUGGAUCUGGAUUUGGGAUUUUGGAAGACAAAUGACGGGGAGAGGGAGUAGUUGUGCACUCGCAUAAAGCACAUCAGUUCCGCGGAGUUCGGAAAAAAGAUCAAGGCCGUGCUGCGGGAAAAUUUGUCCCAAGCCUUCCAAAUCGGGUAUCAAAUGCAAAUAUGUCUGGGUCUGGCAGAAUGAAACUUGUGAUGCUGAACUUGGAUUCCGAAAAAAUCUGUAUUGCAUAAGCAGCAAAGAGAACGUAAUUUGUGCUACGCGGAGAGAGCGUUUGUCAUGCGGAGGAGGCAUCAAGAAGCCCUCAACAAAUCUGUGAUGCUAGGGCAUGCAUCUCCACCGACAUCAUGGCAGCUCAUGCAAAACGUGCAUGACAGGUAUCAGAAUCUUCCGGAGGACCCAGAUAUUUUUACAAUCCAAAUCGGGGGAAGUCUGUUUAAAUCCAGAACCAACCAGGAGACCGGCCAACAGGAAGCCAGCAUUCCGCAGAAGAUAUUGGAUGGUAUGCAGCAGCUGCGCGAAUGGUUCGACUGGUCGGCGGCGCCCGGACCAGACGAAAACUUCCGGGAGUGA